UCAGGAGAGAGAGAAGGAGAGAGACGCGUUAAUCUCCAGGGAAAUGGGCACGUUUGGAAUAAGCGGUACCAGUCAGCAAGCUCGCUCUAAUAUUCCAAUGGCUGUGGGAGAAGUGUUUCCAGAGAGAGAGAGGGAGGGAGAGAGUGAAAGAGAGAGAGGGGGAAUAUGAGGGCAGUACUCAGGAUGAGCCUGCGCUUUGAGGCUGUAAAACACUAGACCCUGAGGGCAUUCUCUGAGCUCUCCCUCUUCAGAAAACCUGACUGCAAGAGAAAAGAAAAGUGAGGUGGUAUCUGCCGUCCAGCUGAGAUGCGGGGACACUGACGGCCCUGCCCUGCCCCGUCUGUCGAACCGGACCAAUGAUGAUAAUGAACACGAUGAUGUCCACACGGCGCGUGUAGGGCUAAAUUCACAACUACCGGACUCUUACGAGACACUCCACUUUGAUCCGCGCUCAUUCAAACUUCAGAUGGACUACAUUCACCCUGCACUGACCAGUAAAAUGAAUUGGAUCACACUACUGCUGGCCGGCUUGACUUUUUGUGGCAAAGUGUCCGUGCACAGCUGUUUAGAUUAUGAUGACAGUUAUGAUUAUUAUGAAGAGGAGAAAACAGAGACGAUAGACUACAAGGAUCCCUGCAAAGCCGCUGUAUUUUGGGGAGAUAUUGCCUUGGAUGAAGAGGACUUGAAAAUGUUUCAGAUCGAUGGGACGAUAGAGCUUUCGCAGCAGUCACAUGGGAGACAGGGACACACAUCUGGUGGUCUAGGAGAGCAUAAUCCCAGUAAGAAGAAAGGUUCGUUAUAUCUGUUGCUUGACAGAAUACGACGGUUGGGUUUUGAGUCGUGGCCAGUGAACAGCAGUAAAGAUGUGUCGAGCUCCAAGGCUGGAGGGAGGAGUGUAAACGGCGGCAGAGGUGUGAAGUCUCGAGUGCCCCGUGCUGCCACAUCCCGAGCUGAGAAGAUCUGGCCUGGAGGAGUCAUCCCUUACGUCAUAGGAGGCAACUUCACUGGAAGUCAGAGGGCCAUGUUAAAACAAGCAAUGAGACACUGGGAGAAACAAACGUGUGUCACUUUCAUUGAGAAAACUGACGAGGAGAGCUACAUCGUCUUCACCUACAGACCCUGCGGGUGUUGCUCUUACGUCGGUCGCCGUGGCAAUGGUCCCCAGGCAAUUUCCAUUGGGAAGAACUGCGACAAGUUUGGCAUUGUCGUUCACGAACUUGGGCACGUAAUUGGCUUUUGGCACGAGCACACACGACCUGACCGUGAUGAUCAUGUGACCAUCAUCCGUGACAACAUCCAGCCAGGUCAGGAGUAUAACUUCAUUAAGAUGGAACCCGGGGAUGUCAACUCUCUUGGUGAGCCAUAUGAUUUUGACAGCAUCAUGCAUUAUGCCAGAAACACUUUCUCCAGAGGAAUGUUUUUGGACACAAUUCUUCCCUCUCGUGAUGAGAACGGCGUCAGGCCUGCUAUCGGUCAAAGAACUAGACUCAGCAAAGGAGAUAUAUCGCAAGCUAAGAAGUUAUACAGAUGCCCAGCAUGUGGUGAAACACUACAGGACUCAGUGGGGAAUUUAUCAUCUCCAGGAUAUCCUAAUGGGUACCCGUCAUAUACACACUGUGUAUGGAGGAUCUCCGUCACACCUGGGGAGAAGAUAGUGUUAAACUUCACCACUAUGGACCUCUACAAGAGCAGCCUGUGCUGGUACGACUACAUAGAGGUUCGUGAUGGAUACUGGAGGAAAGCGCCAUUGCUGGGUCGUUUCUGUGGUGAUAAAAUUCCAGAAGUUUUGGUCUCCACAGACAGUCGGAUGUGGAUUGAGUUCCGCAGUAGCAGCAAUUGGGUUGGAAAGGGAUUUGCAGCAGUCUAUGAAGCAAUAUGCGGAGGGGAGAUCAGUAAGGACUCUGGACAGAUUCAGUCUCCAAACUAUCCAGAUGACUACCGUCCAUCUAAGGAAUGUGUGUGGAGGAUCACAGUGUCCGAGGGCUACAGCGUGGGCUUGAGCUUUCAAGUCUUUGAGAUCGAGCGACAUGACAGCUGUGCAUAUGACUAUCUUGAGGUUAGAGACGGUUUGUCUGAGAACAGCCCUCUGAUUGGUCGAUUCUGCGGCUACGAUAAACCUGAAGAUAUCCGUUCCACCUCCAACACCCUCUGGAUGAAAUUUGUCUCUGAUGGGACUGUAAAUAAAGCAGGCUUCGCUGCAAACUUCUUCAAAGAGGAAGACGAGUGUCUGAAGCCAGAUAAUGGCGGCUGUGAACAGAGAUGUGUUAACACAUUAGGAAGCUUCAAAUGUGCCUGUGAUCCUGGAUACGAACUGGCCCCUGACAAGAAGAGCUGUGAAGCUGCAUGUGGUGGCUUGCUGACUAAGUUGAACGGCACAAUCACCACCCCAGGUUGGCCUAAGGAAUAUCCUCCCAAUAAGAACUGUGUGUGGCAAGUGGUUGCCCCCACUCAGUACCGCAUAUCCAUGCAGUUUGAAGCCUUUGAACUUGAGGGAAAUGAGGUGUGUAAGUAUGACUAUGUUGAGGUGCGGAGCGGCUUGUCAUCUGACUCAAAGCUUCAUGGGAAAUACUGCGGAACAGAGGUUCCAGAGGUCAUCACCUCCCAGUACAACAACAUGCGAAUCGAGUUCAAAUCAGACAACACAGUGUCCAAGAAAGGCUUCAAAGCUCAUUUCUUCUCCGAUAAAGAUGAAUGUUCAAAGGAUAACGGUGGAUGCCAGCAUGAGUGUAUCAACACUAUUGGCAGCUAUGUGUGCCAGUGCCGCAACGGCUUUAUUCUGCAUGAGAACAAACACGACUGCAAGGAAGCUGAGUGUGAGCACAAGAUCCACAGCACGAGUGGAACCAUCAGCAGUCCCAACUGGCCUGACAAGUACCCCAGCAGAAAAGAGUGCACGUGGGACAUCACCUCCACACCCGGCCACCGGGUCAAAAUUUCUUUUAAUGAGUUUGAGAUUGAGCAGCACCAGGAAUGCGCGUAUGAUCACCUGGAGGCCUUUGACGGUGACUCGGACAAGACGCCCAUCCUGAGCCGUCUGUGCGGCAGUAAGAUUCCAGAACCGCUCAUCUCCACAGGCAACAAGAUGUACCUGCGAUUCAUCUCUGACGCCUCAGUGCAGAGGAAAGGCUUUCAGGCCACUCACUCCUCUGAGUGUGGUGGGAGGCUGAAAGCAGAGGUGCGUCAGAAGAACCUGUAUUCUCAUGCUCAGUUUGGGGAUAAUAACUACCCCGGCCACACCGACUGCGAGUGGCUCAUAACGGCAGAGUCGGGUUAUGGCAUCGAGCUUACUUUCACCACCUUUGAGGUAGAGGAGGAGGCCGAUUGUGGGUAUGACUACAUCGAACUUUACGAUGGCUACGACACCGGAGCGCACAAACUGGGACGCUUUUGUGGAUCAGGGCCUCGUGAGGAGCUUUACUCUGCUGGCGAUGCCAUGAUGAUCCAUUUCCACUCUGAUGACACGAUCAGUAAGAAAGGCUUCCACAUCCACUACACUAGUACAAAGUUCCAGGAGGCGCUACACACACGCAAGUAACGUCUCCCCUAGAGGUGAGAGAGACUCCAGAGAGACUGAGCACAGGGAUGAAAUGCUACAACAAGGAGAAACGGACUCCAGAAAACUAUUGAGAUUGAUUUAUGUCAAUCAAAGACCCUGCCGAGAUGGGUUUCCUGCAUUGGAUUUGCCUCUUUAUGUUCAGCCACUGUGGAAGUGCUGUCAUAUUGACCUUUGACACUGAUCAGCUGCUCUUAUGUGUGGGAUAGCACUGCCCACUGGAGUGCUGUCCUGCGCUCUUUGACUGGACCCCUGGACAAACACACACUCACACACAAAAACUUUUUGUUGGCUCUCUGUUGUUCAGAUAAGACAGUGAUAGUCAUGUAAAAUAACUGAAACGAAGAGACAAUGACAAUAAGACAUAUAAGUAACUGCUAUUGAACUUGAGUGUGUGUGUGUGUGUGCAUGUCGCUCUGGACAGCAUGGACAGUUUGGCUGCUAAUGCCACACCACACUGUACCUCAGCUAAAAUGUGUGUGUGUUUGUGUGUGUGUGUGUGUGUGUGUGUGUGUGCGUGCGCGCGCGCGUGUGGAUGUAUGUGUUUGAGAGAGAGUGAGGCCUUCAAAUACCAGCCUGAACUCAUUCAAAUGUUUUUACAAUUAUGUGGUUGUAAUUUUACAAUUAUUCUGUUAGCUUUAUGGCAAAGCCCAUUUUCUUUCCAUCAAAAGUGCAAAAGUAAAUAUGUAGCCCUAUUCAACAAUAAGCUUACUUAAAUACAGUAUAUGUAGCCCAUUGCUUAUGUCUGCUGUGACGGACAUAGCAAUUCAACGCAAGCGUUUAUGACUACAAAGACGUUUUAAGACAGUGGGUCUCAUUCACUAAGCUUGCGCACACACGAGUUUGUGUAUGAAAUCUGCGAGCAAAAACUUUA